GCGGGAGCCGCGGCCGCGCCAUGUGGCUACUGGGGCCGCUGUGCCUGCUGCUGAGCAGCGCGGCUGAGAGCCAGCUGCUCCCCGGGAACAACUUCACCACCGAGUGCAACAUUCCGGGCAACUUCAUGUGCAGCAACGGGCGGUGCAUCCCGGGCGCCUGGCAGUGUGACGGGCUGCCCGACUGCUUCGACAAGAGCGACGAGCAGGAGUGCCCCAAAGCCAAAUCGAAAUGUGGCCCAACGUUCUUCCCCUGUGCCAGCGGCAUCCACUGCAUCAUUGGCCGCUUCCGGUGCAAUGGGUUUGAGGACUGUCCCGACGGCAGCGACGAAGAGAACUGCACGGCAAACCCACUGCUUUGCUCCACGGCGCGCUACCACUGUAAGAACGGCCUCUGCAUCGACAAGAGCUUCGUUUGCGACGGGCAAAAUAACUGCCAAGACAACAGCGACGAGGAGAGCUGUGAAAGUUCUCAAGAACCUGGCAGCGGGCAGGUGUUUGUGACAUCGGAGAACCAGCUCGUGUACUACCCCAGCAUCACCUACGCCAUCAUCGGCAGCUCCGUCAUCUUCGUGCUGGUGGUGGCCCUGCUGGCACUGGUCCUGCACCACCAGCGGAAGCGGAACAACCUCAUGACGCUGCCGGUGCACCGGCUGCAGCACCCUGUGCUGCUGUCGCGCUUGGUCGUCUUAGAUCACCCCCACCACUGCAACGUCACCUACAACGUCAACAAUGGCAUCCAGUACGUGGCCAGCCAGGCCGAGCAGAACGCAUCAGAAGUGGGCUCCCCGCCCUCCUACUCAGAGGCCUUGCUGGACCAAAGACCUGCAUGGUACGACCUCCCUCCACCGCCCUACUCUUCCGACACCGAGUCCCUGAACCAAGCCGACCUGCCCCCUUACCGCUCCCGGUCGGGGAGCGCCGACAGCACCAGCUCCCAGGCCGCCAGCAGCCUCCUGAGCGUGGAAGACACCGGCCACAGCUCGGGGCGGCCUGACCCCCAGGAGGGCACCGCCGAGCCCAGGGACUCCGUGCCCAGCCGGGGCACCGAAGAAGUAUAAAAUCCGGCCGUUCCAAAGUCCAUAUGGGUGAAUCUGCUCUGACUUGUUACCCUCCUAACAACUUGCACUCGUGGGAAGCUCUUCGGGGUGCCUGCAGGAGUGACCUGGGGUGUCAGCUGUCUCUCCUUUCCCCUCCUCCCCCACAUUGCAGGGGUGUUUUGGGGAGGGUGGCCCAGCGUUUUCCUGGCCUCUCAGUUGACAUGAUGUAUAUUGUCCAUCUUUUCUGGGAGGCCACCCUUCCGCCGGGGCGCAGGACCACAGCUUCACGCGUCACGUUUUCCUGUUACCAUGGCACUCUGGCCGAGUCGGCGGCAGCAUAAAGCAGGGUGUCAGUAGCCCCUGAGAAGCAUUGUCUCUGUGCCGUGUUGGGUGUUCAGAAGGGCAGAAGACACUCGGCCACGUUCCCGGUGGGCUGCCACCUAAGAGCUGUGUUUGGGGGUUUGGGUUCAAAGCCAGGCGGGCAUGGAAACCUAGCAUUAUCCUGUGCAUUACUCUCAGUUCAGUGGCCAGAGAAAGCCUUUGACAUGAGUUACGCCCUUCAGUAAUCAGCUGUGGCAUUUUGGGUUUGUGAAACCGUCUAGAUAGAUUCUGGCUUUAAAAGUUUGCCUGAGAAUCCUUGUUUUGAGAGCUUUCUCUGGCAGUGAAUUACCAGGCUCAUCCCAGAGUAGGCAGGAAGUCCCCCACGGGUUUAUCCGAGUUCACAGCCUGACAUGCACGCUGCGAGGAGCCUAGCCCUGCUUUUGUCCACGGUCCCUGCCCUGGUUUCUGGACUGUCAGCCUCCCGGCUGCGGCAUGCCUGUGGCUGAGGGAUGAGCACCCAGCCGGAGCUGGCCUAAUACCUGAUCUGGCCCGCUGGCCCUCUAAACCACACCCAUCCUGCCUGGCCUGCUCAUGCAGCUUCAACACUAGCCCCCUAAGCUCCCUUCAGUCAAAAGUCAUUUCACCUGUGUAUUUGGAGUUGACACCGGUUGCUAACACAGAGAACUGUGCUCAGUACCUCCCACCAGAGCCGCCAGCUGCCUGCACUGCGCACACUCCCCGCCCCGAGGCCCCGAUACAGGGUUAGGCUUAGAGUUGGAUUUAACCUCUUCGAACAUCCCAUAGUUUCUCCCCUGAGAAACAGGGAGAUGGUGGACAAUUUGGAGACAAGAUUUGCCAUUUGGACUUUUUUUUUUUUAAAUCUUUUAGAAAUGCAUUUGAAACAGUGUGUUUGUUUUUUCCCUUCUAGUUAAGGGACUAUUUAUAUGUGUAUAGGACAGCUGUCUUUUUUGUUGUUUUUUUCUCUAGUGAGGUCCAAAGAAAGAUCACGCCUUUGUCCCGCUGAUCCCUGAUAACAAGUCACUCCAGACUGACCUGCGUGCCAGGUGUUUGUGCAUUGUUGCACUUUGAGCUCUUAUUUAUCUAGUUCUCAAAGGAUGCUGAAUGAGGGGUGCCUUUCUCCCUCAGUCCUAUCUCUGUUUUGCUAGCUUUCCUCUUCUCUCUGCCCCGCCAGCCACAGGGCCCACCCCCUGGGGAUAUAAUGGGCAGAAACCUGGGUGUUUGGCAAGAAAUGGACAGGGGACAAAACUGGAACCAGGGAGCCACUCUGGCCAGCUGUCACCCAUUCAGGGCUUCCUUCCCCGGCCCAGCAAACUUGCAGUAGCCUCUUUGAUGCUAAUUCCCGUGGAGCCUGCGGAGGGGGAAUGAAGUAGCGUUCAGUGAUCCUAUUCUGCAGACUCCUUUUUUGAACCAGACCCAGAGGACAUUACA